CUCUACUUUGGUCACACAUUCUGCUUCAGCCCCCACCACAGCACCGUCGACCAAGGCCAGCCGGCCACACUGACCGACCGGGGAACCUGUCAACACCGCACCAAACCAUUGAGGGCUCAGGUUCUGUUGUGUUCAUUUCCCACCACCGCCGGGAUUUGCAUGGCGGGUGGAUACCGUAGGGAGUGACUUUAUUUUUACACGCCGAAGAGACCAGCGUGUCCUCGCUCGGGAGGAAAAAAGGUCGCCUCGGAAGACAAACUUUAGGUGAAGUUUGCGUGGCAAGCGGCGCACAAAUGUUGGCCACCUCUGGGACUUACGCCAAUAAGAAGAGGAAGAAACCCGUCCUCAAACAAAAAAAAAUUAACGAUGGGAGAGAAGUCAUCAAAUCCAACCCGUCCAAGCGCCAUCGGGAUCGGCUGAAUGGGGAGCUGGACCGGCUGACGGACCUGCUCCCCUUUUCUGAGGACAUUCGCUCAUGUCUGGACAAAUUGUCUGUCCUUCGCCUCAGUGUCGGUUACCUGCGAGUCAAGAGUUAUUUCAAAGCGACAAUAAAGAACAGCAGCAGCUGUGGAUUUACUGGAGCCAACGGCAACAACUUGGUGACCAAAGGCUUCUCUGAGGGGGACCUGCUGCUUCAGGCACUGAAUGGCUUCGUAGUGGUGGUCACGUCUGAGGGGUCCGUGUUCUACGUGUCGCCCACCAUUAAAGAGUACCUUGGCUUUCAGCAGUCGGACGUGGUCCACCAGAGUGUCUUUGAGCUCAUCCACACGGACGAUCGUGCUACGUUCAAGCAGAACCUCAACUUUGCUCUGAAUUCACCUGCUAUAGAUGGACAAGACUUGGAGGAAUGCAUGAACACAGAGUUCUACAAUCCCGAUCACCUUCCUCCAGAGAACUCGUCCUUCCUGGAGAGAAGUUUUGUGUGUCGCUUCCGUUGCCUCCUGGACAACUCAUCUGGCUUUUUAGCUCUCAAAUUCCAGGGACGUCUCAAGUACCUUCAUGGCCAAAACGUCUACAGGGAGAACGGGUCGCACGGCCACCCUCAGCUUGCGCUCUUUGCCAUCGCCAUGCCCGUCCAGUCUUCGUCCAUCGUGGAGAUCCGCUCCAAAAUGUUGCUCUUUCAGACCAAGCACAAGCUGGACUUCACUCCGAUGGGCGUUGACAGCAGGGGGAAGAUUAUUUUGGGCUACUCGGAGACAGAGCUUUGCAUGAAAGGCUCCGGCUACCAGUUUAUCCACGCCGCCGACAUGAUGUACUGUGCCGACAACCACCUUCGAAUGAUUAAAACUGGAGAAAGCGGCUUGACGACUUUCCGUCUCCUGAGUAAGUCGGGAAGCUGGGUUUGGGUCAAAGCCAACGCCAAGCUGAUCUACAAAGGAGGGAGACCUGACUUCAUCAUCGCCUAUCAGCGAGCUGUAGUCAACGCUGAGGGUGAGGACUACCUCCUCAAGAGGAGGAUGCAGCUGCCCUUCAGCUUCACCACGGGCGAGGCUGUGCUUUAUAACACCGGCCCGACCAUGGACCUCACGCAGAUACAGUUCAACAAAAUGUUCAACAAUAAUGAUGACAUGGGCGCCAGCAAGGAGACGCAGUUGCCCCGCUCACUACUGGACUGCUUCCUCAGUCAGGACGAGUCUGCCUACAAGCCCACGCCAGAGGUGGCUUUUCCUCUGGAUCAAAUCUUCAUGGACAGUCGAGCGCUGGUGAGCGUGCCUAGUAACGCUUGGAAGGAAACGGGAGCGGGGGCCUCUUUCAGCAGCCCCAUCGUGGUGAAGGAGGAGACUAAGCAGUCGGUGAUGGCUGUGAUUGACAACCUGCAGGAGAUGGCGCAGAAGGGCGACUUCUGCGGCGCCCUGGAGAACCUGGAGGUGGACGAUUCCGAGCUAAUGCAGUGGGAGGAGUCACUCAAGCGCUUGGGUCGGGAGAGAGACCAGCAGGACAACGUGCGGUCCGAGUUGGACAAUGUCCUCAUCAGCGAGAUUUUCGACCAAAUCGAUUCCGUUUUGUUCAAAGAGAAUGGUGACCCGUGCCCCGCCACUUGCCUGAAGCAGGACGCAUUCGUGCAACCACAGCAGCAGUUCCCCACGACGUCCCAGAGUGGGGUUUUCCCUCAGUCCAACAACUUCCGCUCAGCGGGAUCUGCUUCGGCUUUCGUCGUCGGCCAGAAGCUUUCCCACUGCGGACCCCUACCGGGACCUGCAAAUAAGCACCGGGCUGAUCUUCAGCAGCUGCAACUUCCAGACAUUUUCAGCCCAGAAAUAGAACUCCCAGAACUUGUUGUGCCUGAUUCUUCUUCUGGUGGUGCUCCGGUUCGCGUUCCAGACUUUGGACACCAGCAGCAGCAGCAGCACCAGCAGCGGCAGCAGCAGCAGCCCAUUCAACAUCAUCAGAAUAACAUCUACUCUGUGACGCCGUCCUCAAUUCCUUGCAAUGACUUUAACAACCACAAUACCGCCAUGCCUGAUCCAACAACUUGCCCUCCUCCAUGGUCCCAGGACCAGUAUAAACUGCCCAAUGCACCCGUUACGCACAAAGCCCCGGUUUCGGAAAACCAAACAUUCCCACGUGCCGGCCCCUGGCCAAGGGCCGUCAACGGGCUGGAACACGCUCAGCAGGGCACGUUGCUGUGCGGCCAGGUGGCCAAUCACAGCAGCUGCAUGUACGCAGAGUCGUCCUGCCAGAGGGAAACGUGCCUGAACCAGAGUCCCCUGAAGGGCGACUGCUUCAUCCAGUGGGGUAGCAGUCAGCCUGUGGUGGGCACCUCGUCCAUCAGCCAGGAAAACCCCAACAUCAAUCUCGUGAUGCCGCUGUCCAACAAGUCAACGCCGGAGCUAGGCUUUAACCUUCAGUGCUACCAAGAAUGAUAUGUGCAGACGGAGAAGGCUUCUUCGCUCGUCAAUCAUGCGCCUGCAAGUGUUGCUGGCAGCAGAACCCCCCCCCCCCCCCCCCCCGCAUAUGCAGUAUCAGCGCUUAUAAGCCAACCCUCGCACAUACUUUCACAUAUAUACUCUCUUGUGUCUGCCAUAUUUACUCGCAUUAAAUUUCCAUAUAAUACGAAUGAAGUAUGAAGACGUGAAUGGAAACAGCCAAAGAUUCAUUUUGUUUCAUAACAAAGGCUAUACAUAUACAGUGUGUACGUGUGUGUGUGUAUAAACACAUGCACACACACACUGGCCCACCCUAGACAAAGUCUAAAAUUUACAUACAUUUGGGAAAUGAAUCAAGCAUAUAAUUUUAAAUUAUCUAAAAUAAACAAUGAAAUAUUUAAUGGUUAAAAAAUGGUUAAAAACUAUGAGUCCAUCCAAUAAUCUUCUGUCAUCAUCUUUUUUUUUCAGUUUAUGCCCUGGAUUGGUUGCCAGCCAUUCACCGGGCACGUGACACCAAAUUACCCAUACAUACUCAUACAUACGUACUCAACAUACAAAGAUACAGUACACAUGCCUUUUUUUUUUCUUCCUAUGUAUGGGAAGACUUUCAGCCAGCUGUGUAUGGUGCACAUCUGUAGCAACGUGACGCCGCAGCCAAAUGGAUAAAAUAAUCACGAGGUAGCACUGUUUUAAUGCACUUGAAACAAUGAUAGAGCUCAAGAUGGACUUUUGAUUUUUUUCCAUGGGCCUGAGCUACUUCCUCUGAAAGGACAAGAGUGCAUGUAAAGGAUGUCCCCUUCAGGCGAGAUAAAGUACUUGUAACUGCUUUCACACUGCCUGGCAUUUUCCUGGCUUUCUCCCAUGCUGCUGUGUAGAGCAUCUGUGUAGAACAGCAGGUGGGCAUUGAUAUCCACUGUGUGUACUAGUGCAUGGACCUUUGUUGCAAGGCUUGCAAGCUAGCAUCAUUAUUACUUGACAUGCUGUACUGCCUUCCCUUGCUUUUACCUUUACGCUAUUGGAAAAAAAAAAAAAGUGUCCGAUCGGUGGCCUUGAUAAGAACUUGUGUUUUUGUAUCCUUCGUUAAGGGAACAUUUUCUUCAGUGGCUUUUCCGUUCGCAAGAAGUGCACUUAAUAAAAUGCCAGGAAUCCCAACCAGCAUACGCAUCUCACUGUGAACACCCUCCUCAGACAUUGUGGCAGCUUUGACCAGUAUUGAUCUCUAUUCAUCCAUCUAUCUUCUGUCUAUCUAUCUUGUCUACAGUAUCUAUCUCAAUGGGUAAGUGAAAGAUGGAGGAAAAAGAGGUUGAUGUGAUCACUCAGUUUGAACUAAAACCAAGCCUUAGGGACGUCCUGUUUCGAGACUGGAGCCACUUAAGCUACCUCAGCCAAAUUCAUGUAUCAGUAACUUGCUUCACUUGCAUGUAACCCAGUUAUUUUAGUCAUUAUUAUUAUGUGUCAGUUAUCUUUUUUGUCUACUGUAUAAUAUUUUUUAAUAAAUAUGAAUAUAUGCAUAUAA